UUUGUAGACCACAAGUAAGCAAGUUUAAACGGAGUUGUUUCCCGUUAUAUUAUGUAUACCAUUUACAACUUGAUUCGCAGCGGAGCACAUAUUCACGACAGGUAAAUCAGUUACCAGUUAUGUCCGGUAAAGUUGUAGAAACUGAUCUUGAUGCUGGUGUUUGCAACAACAAGGAAUGGGUAAAGCGUUGGGCAGAGGGUGACACUCCGUUCCACCAGAGCACACAUGAUAGAUUUCUGGAUGAGAGAGAAGAGGAAAUGUUCCAAGGAAGAAAGAAAUCCAUAUUUAUGCCAUUGUGUGGAAAAACUUUUGACAUUUUGUGGAUGUACAGAAAUGGGCAUACAGUUUGUGGGGUAGAAAUAGCUGAACAGCCAGUCAAAGAAUUCUUUGAAGAAAAUGAAAUUGACCAUGAAAUUCAGGCAGUUGAAAACAUUGGAAAUCUUUACAAGAGUAAGGAUGGAAGACUGAAGUUAUAUGUAGCAGAUCUGUUUGAUAUGUCCAGGGAAAUUUGUGGACAGUAUGAUGUAGUAUGGGACAGAAGAUCAUUUCAGGCCAUAAAUUUAGUAGAUCACCAACAGUACAGAGACUUGCUGGUGUCACUGAUGAAGGAAGACACACUGUAUUAUCUGGGAACAGUGGAGUAUGAUCCGACAGUAUGGCCAGGUCCACCACAUUCCUUAUCGGAUGAAGUUGUGAGAGAUGUGUUUGGUGAGUAUUGUAUCAUCGAGUUACUUGAAGAAAAAGAGCGGGAAACGCAAGAUACAAAUGCUUCCCAAAUUGAAACAGAGUCUGACGGAGGAAAACCCGAGUCUGACGGAGGAAAAACAACAUCCAAACCGAAGUCUUUUGGCGAGGCUUGUAAGAUGUCAUCUUACGUUUAUGACAGAUGGUACAAAAUGACUUUAAAACUGUCAUAACAUAUUUUGUGUAAGAAUGUCGUGAGGCGCAUUUUGUUUGUGCAAUAUUCAGUGUUUUAUGACACAUUACUGUACAGUAAGCACAAAUUAUAUAACUAUAUUACAUAUCAGUAAUUUUAUAAAAUGCAGUCAUGAUAUAUGUAGCAUAUUGUCAAAGAGACAAGUUACAUAAACAUUUCGUAAAUAUGGGCUUGUGUUAGACGUAAAAUAGCGAAAAACUGGCUACUGUCUUUUGGUAUCAAUGUUAUCAGGUCGAGGUUGAUAUGGACUGGAAGGUGUGAGGGAACCGAACCCCUUCCGCUCGUAUCUGCCGAGCCUGAUAAUAUUAAUAUCAACAGAUAUUUGUCUGUUAUUCUAUUUACCAUGAAACUCAUACAACCUGCCUAGAACUACAUAUGUCCUCAUCUCUUAUUUUGUAAAAUUGACUUCCGAAGCAAAAAAUGAAUUAAUUCAUACUUUACGGAUUUGAAAAUUCAACCGCUCCUGAAACAUCUGAACGAAACAAUAUGGCAGCCACCUUGAAUUCAACUUGGACAAUGUUUAUUGACUUUCUGAUAUUCUUGAUAAAACUAACAAUAAGAUAGACUCUUACUUGCGUAAAAAAACAUCCUCUUGAAUAAAUCACAUGCUUUAUUUCCACACUUAAACUUUUGACUCGGGCAACAUCACAUGGUCCAAGCACUGAAAAUUUCACUUCCAGCUCCAGACUCAAUCACAGAGAUAAAAUAUGUGGAAAGAUCCUUUGGAAGCAUAGAACGUAACCAAAAGCAAGUUAAAUCCACAGUCUAGUACCAUUUAGUAUCCGCUCUUUACGUUGCCAUGGCUUUUUAUUCGCAUGUUUAAAACUAUGUCGGUUAUGGCAGACCCCAGCUCACUUGAACAUGUAUGUGUGAAUAAUAUAUAUUGUAGACGGUGUUUUAUAUAUAAGUCUUAAAAUAUCUGUUCUGUUCAGUUUUUGUUCUAUAAAUGUGCAGUGUAGAGUGUAAAACUUGUGCAAUUGUUAUGAACCAGUGUAUACAAGUUAUAGACGGGUAUAAAAUAUACAGUAUAAUAUGAUAAAUAUGAUUAAUGUAUACUACAAUUAAAUGAUGGAGGAUGU